AUGGAACUGCACCCUUCCCGGGAGCUGGUAGCGAGCGGACAGAAGGCAGGACGUGGGCGACGUGCGCAAGCGCAUGUCCGCAUAUGGAGUACGGACACGCUUCAGACUCUACACGUGUUCGGCAUGGCCGAGUUCGAGGCUGGAGUCUCAGCAGUUGCUUUUUCACAAUUGAAUGGUGGAAGUUAUGUACUAGCAGUAGACGCAGGCAGAGAGAGCAUUCUUUCAGUGUGGCAAUGGCAAUGGGGACACUUAUUAGGAAAAGUAGCUCCGUCUCGCACACACGUGACGGCACUACAGUUUGAACAAGACGGUGAUGUAGUGACAGCUGAUAGCGAUGGUUUCAUCACCAUCUACAGCGUGGACAGUGAUGGUGCAUAUUUUGUUCGGAUGGAGUUCGAGGCACACAUAAAAGGAAUCAGUUCUCUGGUGAUGCUCUCAGAAGGCACUUUGAUAUCUGGCGGGGAAAAAGAUAGAAAAAUUGCAGCGUGGGAUUCACUACAAAACUACAAAAGAAUAACUGAGACUAAGCUACCAGAAUCUGCUGGUGGUGUAAGAACUAUCUACCCCCAAAGACCAGGUAGGAAUGAUGGCAACCUAUACGUCGGUACAACACGGAAUAACAUUAUGGAAGGAUCUCUGCAGAGACGAUUUAACCAGGUUCUUUUCGGGCAUCAUAAGCAACUCAUGGGCUUAGCUGUCCAUCCCGAUGAUGAAAUGUUUGCAACAGCUGGACAUGACAAAAAUAUAGCCUUGUGGAAAGGCCAUAAAUUAGUGUUCGCCACUCAGGUUGGUUACGAAUGCGUUUCACUCGCGUGGCACCCAAGCGGAGGUGCAUUGGCGGCGGGCAGCACGGAAGGGGAUAUCAAAGCUCUGUCACCUGAAAAGAGCCCCAUAGCUAUGAAAGACGUCAAGUGGUCGACGUUUAAUUCUACUGUAGGAUUCCUUGUGUCAGGGAUGUGGAAUAAUAGAUUCUACCCAAUGACGUCACUUAUAUCCACUGCCAGUCGAUCGGCUGCUCACGAUUUGUUGGUCAGCGGAGACACAGAUGGGUAUCUACGUUUAUUCAGAUACCCUUGCGCCAGUCCUAAAGCUGAGUACAACGAGACUAAAGUGUACUCAGGGGCAGUGUACUGCGCCCGUUUCUUAUUCAACGACCGUUGCAUGGUGAGCACCGGUGGCGGUGAGGCGGCGCUGAUGCUGUGGGAGUUGGUGGAGGACUAG